AUGCCUGUCGUUGACUCAGCCUUAGCCGCCGUGCUGUCUCCAUUCUUCAGCGGCGGAUCAAAGCACCUCGGCAGCGGCGGAAUCAUCCGGAUGGCCGGCGGCGUCACUAUCACUCCUGCGCUGCUGCAAGUACUCUUUGGAACGAUCGGAGAGGUGCUGCCGAUGCGGCUGGAGCACGCGCUUGUGACUGCGCUCGAUGUAAAGCUGGGAACGCAGGAGGUGAUUCUAGAGGAACUCCACCUCCUCCUCGCGCCGCACGACCCGCCCGGCCUCGCAGCGACCCGCGACGAUGUCGACCGGGCCAUCCGGCGGCUCAUCGAACUCGUGGGCCCGGUCAAUGGCACGAGCGACGACCCGCCACCGCCACCGCCAGGUCUCGGCGAUGGUCGAGAGCUGGUCGUGCAAAAGGCGCGUCGCACGCCAGAGGAGGCGUCGUCGAGCAGCAGCGGCAGCGUCGCUCGUUGGAUCGGACCGCUCAUGCGGUGCCUCAACAUGACCUCCGGACUGCUGCUGCCGCGGAUACACGUCCGCAAGCUGUACAUGCAUCACGUCCACUUGCAGAGCGGCGUGCCGCAGCGCCCCUUCGCCAUCGAGACCUCGCUCGCCGAGAUUGUGCUGAUGUGGCUGUGCAUGGCCUUCCCGGGCGCGGGCGCGCCCGGGGACCAGCAGAUGGAGACGGUGGCGCCGCCUCGGCCGUGGCACAACGGCUCGCCCGACAAGGCCAAGGCGAAGAAGCUCGCGCAAAAGGAGAGCACAAAGGAGAGCGC